AGCCGGUUGUCAACGAACGCUACUGGUUCUUCUCUGCCAGACCACUCGCCCACCACGUCAAACGGCUGCACCUCACUGAGAGAGUGGCGCGAAUCGCUGGACAAACGCUGUCAGAUUCUGAUCGACAGUAUCGAUGCAGACCUCCGUUUCUAUUCCGACAAAGCCGA